AAAGUUUCAGCAAAAGAAGGAAGUUCGGGAGUUGCAGUAAAGGGAUAGUACGAUUUACAUCAUGCAAUACGAGGGUUUUAAUCACUGUUGCGAUUGAAGAAACUGUGUCACAAACAGCAAUUUCUCUAUAAGAAACGCAGUGCUUUUUAAACCCGUGCUGAUCAAGUUAAAUUAGCUAACUCAAGUGUCGCGAUGGAGGAUCAAGACGCUGCACCCGCUUUGGCGUUUGAAAAGGACGCUUUUGAACUGACAGUGGAAGAUGUCUAUGACAUUUCCUAUGUGAUCGGAAGGGAUCUGCUCAAAAUUAGCAGCGGGGGCAAAGAGGUUUCUGACUUGCAGUUUAAAAUUGUCCGGGUGCUGGAGCUGUUUGAAACUUUAGUGAACAAGUCCAAUCUGUCGCUGGAGGAGCUCAAAAUGGAAAGAGACAAUCUGAAAAGCGAGGUGGAGAGACUGCUCGGGGACGGGUCGAGUGACAUGCAGGGCACGCAAACGUUUGGAGCAGACAAGCUGGUGAUUGACCUGAAAGACCCGAACCGCCCCCGCUUCACCCUGCAGGAGCUGAAAGACGUGCUGCAGGAGCGCAACCAACUCAAAGCGCAGCUGCUGCUCGCGCAGGAGGAGCUGCAGCUGUACAAGAGCGGGAUCCUCCCUCAAAGUGAGCAGCAGGCAGUGGAAGAGGAAAAGGCUGCCAGCACUGCAAGCAACACUAAAGAAGAGAAGACCGCAAUAAGAAAACUGUUUUCAUUCAGUAGAAAAUAACAGAAUGAAUGAACACUACAGAAUGAAUUCAAAUACACUUCAAGAACCACCUGCAUUACUGAAAAAGGGUUUGAGUGUUUUUAUAUCUGUGAUUAUUUCUGCAGAUGAGCAGCAUGUGUAUUGUUUUGACAGUAUUUUAUGAACACGUCUUAUAAUAUAGACCAAGAAGCAGACUGGGGUCACUAUAACAUGAAUUUAAAGCAAAUCACAGUUGUGCCUUUCAUCCAUAAUGUAUUGCAUUAAAAUAUCUGCCAGUUCACUUAAACAAAUACAAUUGACUGUAUAUCCUGAAAAUAUAAAUCUAAUGAAGAUGAUUUUUUUUUUUUUUAACAGAGUUAAUUGUGUACAUUCUUUAAACAGUAGAGUAUUUUGAAAGAUCAUUAAUGCUUUUCUUAAACUGCCUUAUAAGGAAGGACCACACUUUUUUUGUAAAGUUGUGUUUUGUUGUUCUAAAAUGUCUGUUGAGGAGAUAAUCUCCAGUUUUUCGGUACUCCCAGAAGAGUGGAUGUUUCAGGUCUAUUAGCACGUUACUCUGCAAAACAUUCCUGGUGAUCAAGGGAGCUCCAGAUCCGUAUGCUGCUGCACCCGGGUAUGCAUCUCUAUGGGUUAUCUCGAAGUUCAGGAACAUGUGCUGCAAAAUAUGUCAAACAACCUUUUUUUUUGUUGGUAAUUAAUUGUUAAUUAGGUGCUUAAACUUGCAGCACACAUACUGUUUUUAUGUUUUCUUGUAUGGAUGCUUGUGACUCUUACAAUUUAGGAAUGAUUUGAGAAAUUAUAUACACCCAUCCACUUGCUAUUGCUAUGCCUAGUCUAAUCAUUGGCGAUCACACAUUGGUGCAACAGUGAAAGAGUAUGAAUCAGUGAAAGAACAAAGUGGAUACACCAGCUUGUGACAGCCCUUUGUCCUUUAUUAACAUAAAUAAUGGGUUGGCUGCAAGUCCUGGAUUGUUGCUUAUAAAAAUAAACCAAAUCUGAAUAUUUCCAUUCCAUAAUGGUGCCGUUACUUUCCCAAUGAGUAUUUGGAAAAGCAGAAAUGCUUUUUGUAGGGAAAAUUCGAGUCAGAAUUGAGUGAUUGGAUAGAAUUCUUCACGCACUACUAAACAUGUGUUCAGUUAAAAAGAAAAUCUAGUGUUAGUACCUCAAACGUUAUCCUUUACACUUUUCUUGGGAAUUAACUACAAGAAGAUAUUUUAUAAUAAACAGUAUCUCCCUAUUUUUUUUUUGUAUAGUUCUGUUCUUAGUUUUGUGAUACAUGCAUAUUGUAGUUCUGCAUACAGUAGGCAUUUGUCACGCUAUAUGUUUGUUACGAAACAGACCUUGUAAUUUUCGGGUAUAUUUGUUUAAAUUAGCUAAUUAACACUUGUUUCCUUAACUUAUGUUGAUCUUCAAUUAGCACGGUCACAUUCAAUUUAGUUGUAUGUUGCAACUGACUGACAGUUUAAAGAAGAAGAAAAAAAAAAAAAAAAAACUUAACAUCUUGCCUCCAAAAGCCAGCAUACAGAUUUAUUUAAAUACUUUUACAUGAAGCAUUUGGAUGUGAACAUUUAAUAGAUUUUGUGUAUUAAAGAGGUACAAAAAGGUUUUUCAAGUUUUUAAAACUACACUUGACAAAAAAAGUCACUUUCCAGUUUUUAAAUGGAGUAUGUAUGCAUUCAUUAGCAUUUUGCAGUUCAUGGAAGUUUCUGUAACAUCUUACUCUAGUACCAUAAAUAAUUAUUUAUUGCUAAGCAUAUGGUUAUCUUGUCCCUCAACUACAUUUGUAUCUAUUUAAAAAAAAAAAAAAAAAAAAAAAGCACUAGUCCUGUACAACUGCAUGCUCUGGAAGCACUUGUCCUAUCUGUAUACAAAAUAUACAAAACACUUUGAAAUGUAGCAUGAAUAUAAAAAAAGUACUGAUGACCAUGGACUAUCAUUUAAGCUUGCUUUUUUUUUUUUUUUUUUUUU